GGGCGUUUGAAUCACAAGAUUUAGGGAAUAUCGUACAUAUCGAAGAUCAUAUUUUUGUAAGAAUUAGACACAACACUCACCAAGUUAUAUAGGGCUGUGACAGUUAAAUCAUGAUUUAAAUAAAGUGAAGUGAAACGUAGAGCCGUAGCUACGCGUGACAAACUGAAAUUGCUUAAUUCCACAAUAACGAAUUAUACUUCCCGCGUAUUAAAACUUCCCUCAGUUUUAACCUAUCUUGUUAGGACCUCGUGCGUAACGAUAAAUACAUUCAGACACGGAAUUGAGGAUUACCGUGACUCCAUCGACAGGAUGAAUGAGGAUUCGAGAAUGUUUUCCGAAGUGGAGCAGAACACGGAGGUUGUUGUUGCCGCAGAGCACGCCGCCAGAAAAAUCUCAAGAACACAUAUAAUGGAAUUGUGUUCGACUUCGAAUGCAAAUAAUGAAUCGUCCAGUACUAGAUGCGCCGUGAUGGCGCAACAGAAUGAAGAAGUAACGGUGCAUCAUGGACCGCAUGGAAUUCUUUUAAAUUGUAGAAGAAUAACAGCUAUUGGUCAAUACUCUGUGCCACAGGCAGGAUAUCUGAAUGUACCAGAAGCUCUGUUCUCUGGUUCAUCAUAUAUAGGACACACGAAUCCCUUAAUCGCAUUAAAUAAUCAGUCUCAUAUAAUAAAUAUGAAUAUUGAGAGACCUAUUCCUAAUAAUAUUAAUGCAACAAACUUCAUGUGCAUGAACAAUGUGGAUCUGAAUAACAAUCCUGGGUAUCUCAAUACACAGAUAGUCAUUAUGCCACAAUUGAUUAACAAUCAGAUUCGCCAACCAGUUUAUAUAUCAAACACGGGAAAUGCGAUUGCCGCACCAAUGAUUGAGUCCAGAGAACCUGAGGUUGUUGUACUGUCUGAUGAUUCUGAUGAGAAUGGAAAAUGUCUGGCAUUGCCAAGCGAUGGUAAUAGCGACAACGAUACUUCCCAAGAGCAAAUCUCGCUCCAGAAUUCUGUAAAGGAUACAGACUCUAACACUACGAUGGACAGUAAUGACGAAAGUAAUGGUCUUUCAGAGUUCAUUACAAUAUCGAAGUCAAAUAAUACGAUAUCUAAAGAGAUCCAAAAUGAUUCGGAAGACGUGAUUCUUAAUGAUAUCAAUGAGAAUUUAAGUAUUUCAAAAUCUAAUGAUAACAUUAGUAAUAUGCAGACACUGAGUCCACUCAGUGAAUCAUCGAAUUUAUCAAGAGCAUCAAAAUCAACUAAGUUAUCGUCUAGUCCAAGUAUUCUUAGUCUAAAUCUUAAUGAUUCAUUUUUAUCAAGAACUUCAUGUUCCCAACAGUGUGAUAAAAGAUUCAGUGAAAUGCUAAGCAUUGAAUCAAACGUAAAUUUCGAUAAAUCCAAGGAUAACGUCCUCGCGAAGAAUAAAUCGUUUGAAGUCAAUCGAAAUUUUCUUGCAGAUAUUCAAGACUUUAAUUCGGAAAGAAGCGAGGAGAGUAACGAUGAUCAAAUUUGUGUAGAUCUGGAAAGUCCAACUAGCUACACGGUGGACGACACUGUGUCCACUUUUGUUGAAAAUAAAGUAGCUGAUGAUCUUGUUGAAAUACUUACUGGCUUGGAUUCGUCGUCUGAAGAGGAUCGUUGGCUAAUUCAUUCUAAAAAGGUUAUGCGUACAAUGUCCGAACAGCCGAACUCGUCUGAAUAUAACUUUGAUUAUGAUAACACAUCAGUCUGUGCUGAUAAAAAUGAGGAAACAGAAAAAAGAAAUUCAGAAUCCAAAUCAGAGGAGGAAGACGUAAUAUAUUUAAAAACGUUGAAUGUCACGAUGGAACCAUCUGAAUAUAAAAAGGAUGCUUGUUACUUCAAAGAAUUUUUGAAAUUGGAAUAUGCAAGCAUCGACAGCCAAGAAUCUAAAUUGUCACCGAAACAGGAAAAUAUUUAUAGAGAUGUCAAAUGUGAAGAUGGCAACGUGUCUUCAGAAGAAACUAAUAUGGAUUUAAGUUUAGAUUCUUGUUAUCACGGUUUAUUUAAACGUAAUGUCAUACGUCCGUCGACUUUGAAUCCUUCGUAUUCUAAUCAAACGCUACUUGAAAAUGAUAUACGUACAAUGUUUAUAUCUGUAAAGCACGAAAGAGAUAUACGUAGAAAAAGUAAUAAAAAGGGGGAAAAAGUCAUCGUACGUGCGCCAGUCAUAAUGACUGAAAAUAGACUUGAUAAAAUAUCUAGCACAGAAAGUUCUAAACGUACAACAAAGAACCCUGUGCUUUCUACAGAUUCAAAUAAUCUAGUUACACCAUUCACUUCUUCGGGUGUAAAUCGAAGUAUUGCGAUUGCAGAUAAUUCUAAUGUCAAGAAACGAACGAGUCAAUUACAUGAAUUGAGAAAUCAAAGUAAUCCUUAUUCACGUUCUAGUAGGCCCUCGCUAGAAAAACGAUCUAGAAAAAGGAAGUCUGCGGGAUAUAAAAUGGAAGAUUCUCUUGUCAGUCACCCGGACGAUUUUCUCGAAUAUUCAUCGCAGGAUGAGCGACGACUGGAGCAAGAAAAUCACUCGCAGUUGAAAGUACUAAACCGUGAGAAGUUGGGACAACUGAAGAGUGACAAUUCGAAGAAUUUGCGAACUUCUUUUAGACGUUUGCAAGAUUUGGUAUCUCAAGCAGGUUGUUGGCUACAAGGCACAACGAUUCGUGGAAGAACCAGAAGUCAAAGUCGAAGUGAGCAGAAGGAAGUCAAUGAAAAGAAGGAUUCGAGGAGAAAUAGUCACGAUACGAUAAGCACGAGGAUUGUGGUCGAGGCACCAAAAAAUAAACGUAAACAAUCAAAAUCCGAAAGUCCGAAGAUAAGAAAUUCAAAAAAGUCUGAUGGCCCAAAGAAGUCUGUUGCGAAAAAAAUAAAAAUGUCAUAAGUGCAAGAUGAUGUAGUUGAGAAUAUUCUAGAAGAAUAUUCUUUGUUACGUUCUAAAAGUAACACAGUAUUCUCUACAAAAAGUAUUACAAUCACGAUUGACUGUUCACUAGUGACAAUCAAUCCCACGGUUGCAAAAGAAGCGCUAAAGCGUUUAAUUGCUUAAAGAAAAACUAAGAUACAAGUAACAAAUAUAUCUUUAAAUAAUUAACCUAAGAAUAAUCUAUGAUUCUCAAAACAUUACAAAUAAUGUGUUCAUUUUGAAAUAACAGUACUUAAUAUUUUUAUAGUUUUCAUUGCAAUAUCAUUUUAUUUUCAUUAACACUGAUUAGUAUCUAGUGAUAGGGCUACUACAACAAAAAUUAAUGUUGUAUUUACCCUUAAGCUUUGAUUCAGCAACUCGCCAUGCUUUAUACGUAAUGUAUAAUAUAAUAGCUACUUUCUUUUUCGUUUCAAAAGAAAUUCUCACGGUUAACUUCACGUAAAUAAACGUGCAACAUAAAAGACAUGUAGAAAUAAACGAAUUCAUUUGAUUUUAUUUUCUUAUAUUAUAUAUUAUAUAUUUAUAUAUAUCAUAUAUAUAUUCAACAUAUUUUACAAGCUUCGUCAUAAAGUGAGCAGCUUUUAUUAUAAAUGCUUUUUCUUGGUUCCUUCUACCUGCGAAAUUGUAUUUCACGUUAAUAUCAUAAUGCAUGCAAUCUGUUAUCUCCACAUGCAAUAGAUGGAACGGUUAUACAUACCUGCAUUCCAGCAUUGAAUUUUCAAAAGUUGUUCAAUUUAAAAAUGGAAGUACAAAAAGUAUUAUAAACUAAGGAAGAAUGAGCCGAGACUCAUAAAGAAAUGAUAAUAUUGCUUUAUUUCGUUUCGUUACAUCUAAUUCUUAAAAUUCGUCGAGCUUAAACUUUCAUUACGACGAAUCGUACUAUAAUUAUCCUUAAUAAUACUCUUUGGUUGAGACAAUUGCCUUUUCGAAUUGUCUUCCUCGCGUUACUUAUCUCUAAGGGACACAUUAUACGUAAACCGAAAAGGAGUGCCUUGGGGAAAUUGUACCUUUGAUUUAAUUUUUCAAUAAAUUAUUUUCUUGUAAA